AUGGCUAACUGGAACGAGCAAAUCUGGCUGAAGAUCCGGUCUACUGCUCAUCUGGCUCAUCUAGCUGCUCCAAUGUUUAUCAUGUGGUUAACUCACAUCGUUCCCCUGACCGUCUCGCGCCGGAUACAGGAGCGAUGCCUGGAGAACUUAACUGAUCUCACGGCGUGGAGAGAUAUAUCCAUCCCAGAGCCGGGAAAUUCUGCCGGUGAACAGUUGAUGGGUACAUUGGUGGGGUCUUGGUUAAAAAAAUGUAAUGAGGUUCUGACCGCCGUAGUCAGCAGAAUAGACGCCGAUCUCCGAGUGAGUGAUAAAUCAGAACUGCUCAGAAGAUGGUGCAAUGUAUACCCCAAGGACGGAGAAUCAUGGUCUGAAUUUGUCUCCAAGGAGAAAUCCUUCCACUCACAACUAGAACAGUUUAGCGAUGGGUCAUGGGAGAUCAGACGUGAUAAACUUAUAAGAGCUCUGAAGGCGUACCCUUUCUUCAACAACGACUUGGCCAAACUGCAGUACUUCCCCAAGCUACGGGAAUCUAAGAGCUCCUCGGCUUUCUUCGACCAUCUGUCCGUUUUGGAGAAAGAUCACUACCCCCGUGACAUUGAUGAUUUACUAGGUUUACCUCUCGAUCGUCAAUCCAAAAAAGGCGGCAGCAGUCGCAGAGGACAGGAAGGGGUAAAACCUUCGACGCCUUCCUCGACAUUAGCUGGUGGCGGUGCCAACACUACCCAAGCUACUACUGCAAAUGGUCAGUCAUCGACACCAACGCCCACUAACACCUCCAAAGGAGCAAUGCCCCAGGCGGGUUUGAGCUCCACUGGCCCCAAAGGGCCAUGUAGGAACUGCGGUAAGACGGGGCAUUGGGCCAAGAGCUGCAAAGCCCCUUGGAAGAAGAGUAACCCUAAGGUCUCGGAGGGCUCUGGCAAGGAAUCUACCACCAAGCUCGACCAGAAGGCGGAAGAGAAGAAAGAAGUUUCCUACGCUUUGGCCGAGGGAGCAGCCAAGCCUCAUCCGGGUUGGACUACUACCACCGUCGAAGUUCUGAACCACGACUCAGGAACCACCAAGCUUAAGGCGGCACUGGACACUUGUUCCAGUGUCAACCUAUGUAGCCAGAAGGCUAUUGAGGAUCUCCGGUCCAGCACAAUCGAUCUGGGAGUGAAUAGUAUCACUGUCAAAUCGUUAGGCGGCUGCACUAAACUGGACCGCAUGGCAGUGAUCCAAGUUAUUGCUAACAACAAGACCGUGGAUGGACGUUUCUACAUCUUACCGGAUCGUCUGGUCCCAGGCCAGCAGUUUGAUAUUCUGCUGGGCAAGUCCACGCUACACCAACUGGGAUAUAGAUUGGUUAACGUGAACGAUGACGUCAUCCAAGAUAGCGAUGCUCUUCCUAGAAGCCCUCACCUUAGCGCUGAGCUCAACUGUGCACCCGAUGAAGACCUGGUGAGCUACUAUCUGUGGGCGGAAGGUAUCAUCGACAAGUACGAUUUCUUCAAGGAACGCCCCUUUGGGGGCCCUAUUGAGGAAGACUUGUCUAAAAACGACGACAAUGAUGAGUCGUCCCCGGUGGAGUCUACGUGGACUAGUCAAGUAGACCCCAACCCUAGCGUCGUCGAGAAGACGCGCAGCGGCAGUUUGGAUUCUUUCAUCAAAUACAGUGUUCCCGUCCCUAAGGUCAAGCCCGGUGACGACGAUAUAGACGUUAUGGUCCAAAGAGGUGUGGAUUACAUGAUCCGACACCUGAAGGACUGGGUGCCUGCCAAGGGCAACAAAUGGUAUAGAUGCCGUAUACGCCCCGUGACCUCCCCUGAUGAAAAGGAGACCGAUUGCCCCAAGCAGACCCACUGUUUCGAAUUCGAUUGGAUCAGUGGGCAUCCACAAACGGUCGAACCCCGACCCUCACACACCCAUGACUACUCUGGCGCCCUACUGGAACCACUGUCUUCAGAGUCCAAGGCGGCUUUCCACAAGGAGCUUCAGACGUACAUCAAGCGAGGCUGGUGGCAGGAGCGUUCUCGAGAGGAUCGGUCUCCCUACGGGGAGAUAGUGGUGUUCCCGGUGUCACAAGAGAACCACCCGGGGCAUAAAAUUAGGCCAUGUGCCGAUUGCCGCCGGAGGAAUUUCUUCUUCCCGGCUGCUGGGUACUACAAUCUUAGUCUGUCCGACAACAUCACCGCCAUUCUCGCAUCUGAUCUGAAGUGCCUGAGGGUAAAAGAUAUCUCAAAAGCGUUCUACCGCUUACAUCUCCCUCGAGAGAGGGAGCUGCACUUGUGCAGCUCGGGCCUAUCUUUCCGCUCAUCACGGGUGGUUUUUGGGGUUCGAUUCGGACCCCUAGCCCUAGCCUGUUUCACCGAUCACUUCACCUCAGCCGUGUAUACGGCUCUUACUGGUGUGGACCCUCCGGAGACUCUGACACCUGAGGAGCGGUGCCGGUAUAUUGAUGGUCUUCUGAUGCUCUGCUACUAUGACGACUUCAUCUUGGGAGGGAAAGAUCCCCGCUUGCUGGAGACAGUAAGCACCCUAAUGGAUAGGAUUGGAGAGCGCUUCGGCGUUACCUUUCCCAAUGAGAAAGCUGCUACGCUGGGACCAACGGACAGUGAGAUACCAAGCAAGCACCUGGGCCUACUCUGGUAUUUCAAAGACGGUCGGCUCUGUGCGGCAUGUCCCGAGGUACCCCAAGAGGAGCACGAUGCCGAGCUCAACAAGGUGUUGACUAAGCGUCGCCUUUUCAAGAUCUGUGGUCUCUACACUGAUCCGCUGGGGGUACAUGCCGAGCGGAGCCUCAUCACCAAUGAAAUAAGAAGGUGGUGCGGUGUCUUUGGCGAAGCUAAAGACAGAAAAUCCUGGGAUAUACCUCUACCGCUGACUGAGCGUGAUACAUACACCAUCAAGAACCUCCUCUCCAAGGUCAGGGAACUUUCGUCUGUUUGUGAGCACCCAUCUUGGGGGGACUGCGCAUCCGUAGUGGUACAUGCCGACGCUGCUGAAGAGAGUUUUGGAUGGACUAUCGGUACUGAGAACGGCCACAUUAUAUCUGAGAAGUCUCAACGUUUUCCCAGUGGCCUACGCUGGCAUACGAACCGGCGAGAAAUGUUUGCCCUCAUCGACGCUCUUAAGAAGGCCUUACGGAUCGUCGAGCUAGGCGCAGCUGUCUCCCGGGUUCUACUACAUUCUGACAACAUGUCGGCGGUACGGUGGUGUGAGACCCAUAUCGCCAAGCUGCGGGGUUUCGACAAGUUGGCUCUGAGGAGGCUGCUUGGUCAAUUCGGUGAAGCCGAAGGCAUCCUGACGGCUCGUGGGGUUGAGGUGCACACCCUCCAUAUCCCCGGCUCCUCUAAUAUCAGAGCCGAUUUUUUAUCACGCUACCCUUCGACGCUGACCCUACCUACGCCCAUCGGGCAUGAUAAACCCGCAGUUUUUCUCCUGAAUGAAGAUAGCGAAGACGUCGAAGGUGACUCUAUGCUCACCACUGAUUUCAUUCAGUGUUGUGCGAGAACCCUAAUAAAUGACUCUACUAAAUGGAGGGGUCUCGAGCUGCGGCGUCUAGUUACCAUCCCGGAGGACCAGCGCAAGCUGAACGAGCUGAAUGCUAGCGACCUCUACUUCCACUCGUUCGAUGGUAAUCUUUAUUUCAACGAUGUGGAAUACGGUGGUCGCUUAUAUGUCCCUUUCGAGAAGGAUGUUCCCUGGGAAGAUCGAUUGCGGACGAAGAUCCUUGGGAAGACCCACUGGCAUCACACACCUCUGAAGUUCAUCAUCGGCCGUCUACAGGAACAGGUCUGGUGGCCAUCCCUCAAGUCCGAUGUCAAGGGCUUUAUGAUGAAAUGUUGGAUAUGCAGACGGGAGGCUAUUCGGCUUCUACCCCUGGGUGGUCAACGACCGCACUCCGUCAGCCCGAGAUUUCAACGCGUCGUCAUCGACUUUCUAGGCCCUUUUCAGGGGGUGGUGGUAGAGAACUGGGACUCUCCCAGCAUUCUCGUAGCAGUCGACGCCACGACGUCCUGGCUUGAGCUAUAUUUGGUUGGGGACCAGACAGCCAACUCGACUAUCAAAUGCCUGGUACAGUGGAGCCUGCGUUUUGGUCCCCCCUUACAGAUUUUAUCGGAUCAAGAUCCGGCUUAUACCUCCCGAGUGAUGAAAGGUGUCCUGGCUGCCUUCAACAUUACUUCGCAGACAAGCGGAGGGCACCACGCCCAAGCCCAGGGAGCAGCAGAGCAAUGCGUUCACGUUGUCAAGAUGGGUAUUCGUAAGCUAUGCUCUCACAUUCCUAUCGGCAUGGCCCUCCGGAACAUCGCCUGGGUCGCGAGAAUACAUAAUACUACCGCACUUUACGACGAGACCAUUACGCCCGAGGAGUUGGUUUACGGUGGUAAAACGAGAGACUGUGUCCAAGCGCUCCUAGAGGCUGAUCAACCGACACCCGACAUCGGUGAUGCUGCAAGGUUUCUGUCUGACCUUCGCCAAGAUGUUUCCGCUCUUGAGCGAUACUGGCGACGUGCUAUUUUGGAGCACCGUGUCGGGAAUCUUGUAGAUCGUCCCCGUCGCAGUGAGAGAGUUGAGGUCGACGAUUCUGUCUUCAGGGUUAUCGUUGAUGGUCUGAAGAAGAGGAGAGUAGGUGGUCCCUUCACGGUGUCCGAUAUCAAUGAGGCAGGCACCAUGGCUACCAUUGAAGGUCCACAUGGUUCUAAGGAAGUCCCCACGUGGCAACUCUUUAAAGCACCACCCACUAGCCUAGCUAGGCUCUACGGCGAUUUCGAUGUCCCAGAGAUGCAAGAGGCGCGUGAACGAUCCGAAGAUGAGCUCUCUCCUGGUGACCUCAUUGUUUUCCGAUCUGUCUUCAACGACGAGGACGAUGACGGAACGAUUGGCAUCGAUUUCGGUAAGUUCCUAAGCAGAGAUGGUGACAACCUAUAUGUCCAGCGUCUUUUUGUCGACGACAAGGGGUGUUGGCAUGAUCGUCGAGGCCAAGAUGAUGAAGAUAUAUACGAAGUAGAGAUCCGAACAUCUGAUGUUCUGUGCUCCGGUCCUGAUGUUAAACUCACCCAGGCGGGCAGACCAACCAAGAAGCUGAAGGAUCUCCUCGGUACUCUUGGUGUGUCUGGAAUCUAG